CAGCGCCGUGUUUACCGCCGUCGACGAACCAGUCGGCACCGAUUCGUGAAACGAACCGAGCUCAGGUUCAAGUGAAUUUCUAAAGCUUUCAUUUUGUCUGCGUUUUUCCCCUUUUUAAAAACCGGGAUGUCCUCAUUUUUUGACGUGCUCGAAAUAUCCUAACCGUAUGGUUUUCUGUGUUGGCGCGAAUGUACAUUCUUUCUUGUCUAGUGUGCCUCGGACUCCUUCUCUGAUCCAGAGAAACGCUGAUGUGAUCUGGUUUACGCAUGGCUAGAGUCUAAAAUAUACCUAACCAGUAUUAUCUUCGUUACCUCUCUCCCAUACGAUAAGGGAGUUAAAUCCCUCUCCACACUAUCGUGACUUUAUGACCAUGGCUUGGGGCACCGGUUACGUCGGAGUUUUUGUGAUAUUGGUUGCAGUCCAUUCGGCUCUCUCCGCUCUUCCACAGUCGUUUAAAAUUGAUCUGGGGAAUUUCAAAGUAAAGGUGGAGGAUGAAUCCUUGCUCGCAGGUUUCGAUGUAUCAGCCUCCCUUGGCGAGGGAGAGCAAGAGCGAGAAAAAACAGGGAAAAAACAAUACCCGUUUGAGCUUGGAGUCCAGCUAAUAAAUUAUGAUAUGAAACCCAGCGAUGCUAAAAAUAUCGGUGAGAACAAAGUCAAAUUUGGAGAGCACACCACUCUGGAGCUAAAACACACCGAAGGAGAGGAGAAAUGCAUGGAGGUCAACUGGAUUUCCUCUGAUAACCAUCAUGCACUCGAGGAUUGUUUCCAGUUGUCACCUCAUAAUUGGUUCGGAGGACCGGAGAACUCAACCCAACGUUUGCCGCUAGAAGGGGCCACAUUUCAGACAAACUCAUACGUCACCAAAGCCAUCUACGACCAAGCCAUAUGCGAGCCUUACUGGUUGAAUUCAGAGGGUCUCUUGAUAUACGUCAACCAAAGUGUACCACUGUUCAUCGACCAAAACCACCAUAGGAAGGACUCGUUCUGUCUGCUCGCCAAAAACGCUCCACCUUACUUCAGAAGCAAGGAAAUCGUCCUGAAAUACACGUUGUGUAAGUUUGAGAACCCCCGUGUGGCUCAUGAAUUCGCGAUCAGAAAGUUCCUCGGGAAACCGUCGGGUAUCCCGGAUGAAAGAAUGAUAAGAGAUCCCAUCUGGUCAACGUGGGCAAAAUACAAGACGAAGAUCGACGAGGAAGUGGUCCUGGAAUACGCCACAAAUAUCCGGAACAAUGGCUUCAACAAUAGUCAGCUUGAGAUCGACGACUUUUGGGAAACGUGCUACGGGAGUUUAUCCUUCAACGAAACGACCUUUCCCAACAUGAAACGGCUGACCUCCAAGUUGAAUCAAAUGGGUUUCAGGACCACGAUAUGGGUUCAUCCUUUCAUCAACGCCGACUGCGAAACGCACAAGGAGGCUGCAGAUAAAGGCUAUCUCGUGAGAAACACAGAGGGGAACACCACAACCACCUGGUGGAACGGUCUUCGAGCGGGCUACGUCGACUUUCGAAACCCAGCCGCGGCGGAUUGGUUCGAAAAACGAUUGAAGAAUGUAUUAUCAGAGGGUGGGAUCGAUUCCUUUAAAUUCGAUGCCGGCGAAAGUAGUUGGUCUCCGCAAGUCACUGAUCUGAAUGGUCCGGAGGCGGAGCAGCCGGAGUUGAUCACCCGAAAAUAUGUUGAGUUCGCCGCUAAAUUCGGUCGGCAGAUCGAAGUUCGCACGGGAAGAGGCACCCAGCACCUUCCCGUUUUCGUUCGCAUGGUGGACAGGGACUCGAAAUGGGGAGAUGAGCCUUUGGGCAUACACACUGUUAUCACGACCACACUGCAAAUGAACUUGAAUGGAUAUCCUUUCGUUUUGCCUGAUAUGGUUGGAGGCAACGCCUACCGCGAUGAGAAAAUCAGCAAGGAAUUGUUCAUCCGAUUCCUGCAAGUCAAUGUCUUCCUACCGGCCGUUCAGUUUUCAACCCCUCCUUGGGAUUUCGAUGCUGAGACCAUUGAGCUGACCAAAAAAUUCAUGGCUUUGCGCUACGAGUAUGUUGAUACGAUAAUUUCGUUAAUGAGAAAAACAGUGGAAACCGGCCAACCAGUUAACACGCCGAUUUGGUGGGUGGAUCCCACGGACCGAAUAGCUCAUGGAAUCAACUCAGAGUUUAUGCUGGGUGAAAAUAUCCUCAUCGCGCCAGUUUUAGAGAAAGGCGCCACCAGCCGUGACAUUUAUUUGCCGAAGGGUCAAUGGCGAGAUGAAGCUAAGAUUGAUAAACCAGUGAUCGUGGGUCCAGUGUGGCUGACAAAUUACCCCGCUGCUUUGGAUACGCUCCCAUACUUCACUCGCAUCGCAUCUGGUGUUGGACCAAGCUCACAAGCAGCUCUCUUCUUGCUGGUCUUUUUUUCCUCCCUCAUCAUCAUUUUCCGAUGAAGUCAGACACGCAGCUUUAACGCUGGGAGCUAUGGCCCAUGUUACACGAAGCAUAAUUGAAUCAGAAUCUGUUAGACGGGCAUAAGUCCAAAAACUCAUGAUCCAUAGCGUCCUGCGUGAUCAACGAAAGCCAGGGCUCAUGAUUUUUUGAACUUACACCAGUCUACCAGACACCGAUUCAAUUGAAAAACUUGUACCCGAAAGUUUGCGAGAAGCACGCUUAGACUGAUCGCAUGCCAUUAGUUUGUAUCUCAUUCUCAGGGGUGGUGCUAGGAGUCUACAUCAAAUCAUUUUACGCACUUUUAGAGUGCAACAGGAAAUCAGCUUUCCUCAUGUUUAGCAUUUAUUGUAAAUAAAAGAAUCAAGAUAGCGGAUCCUCUGUCUCAAUCUAAAAGUGAGUGCUAUUUGGCGUGGACUUCGUUAAAUUGGGGACUCGGGUGAAAAAAGGGCAUUUCUCCGUUAAAGUGUUUCGGGAUCUUCACCAGCAACUUCUUAUUUUGUGGGCUUGAUCAUUAAACUCGGGACUUGUACUAUAGACAUCGAAAUUAUGAAAAAUAAUCAGAUUUUCCACGUCUCUGCCAACAUUUUUCUCCCCUGAUUCUGAGAAUAAAAAAAAAAAAAUCUGAAAUACUGAAAUUAAAAAAUGCCCUUUUUGCACUCCGAUCCUCCAAUUACUUCGAUGGCCAAAGUGCGAAACCACGUAUCUCCAUUUGCGACAUCACAGACUUCCUGCCAUACUUUAUGUUUUCUUCGGGAAACUAGUCAACGUAAAUUCCUGAAAACCUCCUUGGUUUUUUUUCUCUGCCAGCAGAAUAGUUUGUACCUGAAUUUCAAACUAUGAAGUUUGCUUGUUUCUCUUCGAAAAAAUAAAAUAGGAGCAGAGAUCUUGAAACACCGUAAUGGAGAUAUGAGGUUUAGCAUUCGGCCAUCGACAUGUCAUUUGUUUUCAUAAUGUGGUACCACCAUUAUUUUUUUAAAGUUAUUUAUCUAAUUAAAAGAUUAUGUCAAUUAUACUUACCUAUAGACUGAGUUAGCGCAGUGACUAUAAUUUAUUUUAAGUUUUUUUUUUUUUUUUUUUUUUUUUUUUUUUUUUAAAUCCAAAUAUUUGGAUACGUCUGGUAAAUUCACUGUCGAUGUGCUGACUCCUUGUGAGACCGCCGAGAAUCCAAGUGGAAAACGAAGCCACAACUCACAAAAAAAAUCGAACAGGUUAUACGAAGAGAGGUGUAUACGCGCCAAAUAUCAGAAAUUGAGUUUUCGACAGAAAAUUAUUUUUUUAGAGUGGGCGCACAUUAGUACCGAGAGAUUUUAUAUCAAAAUUGCUUUUGGGGCAUCUUUUUUGAAAAUUUGAAUACCUGCUGUAAUAUAAAAAGGCAUAGUCCUCGAGCCACCUCUCCAAAUGCAGGGUUGAUAAAAAAGACGAGUGAGGGCACAACCUAUAAUUUUUAAUAUUUUAUUAAGCACGCAUGCUAUUUGACUGUUAUGAUACUGCAAAAAAUGAGGCACUACUGAGCGGUUUUGUGAAAGAAGGGCGUAUCCAUCAAAAUUUUAAAAUUUGCAUUUUUUGCCCAAUUAUCCGACGUUCCUUGAUCAACCGCGGUCUUAUCAUAGAUUGUAUGUAGAAGAGUGGUUGGUUUUCUCGAACAGAAAUAUGAAGAACUGACGAAGAAAUCAAUUUUUUUAUGUUUUAUCGAAACUUGACUUUUGACCGUUACGUCAUUCUUCAAAUAAGCCGAACAAUUGAGCUAUCGUUUGAGCCUAGAGCAUCAAAAAUUGCCUUCAUUCACAUACGAUACCAGCACAGCUACGUUCAAGCACGAACAGUUGCUCGUUCGAGUUUUGUUCCCUCUUCCCAACUCGGCUCACCAGUCACAAAUGGACGUAUUUAUGCUAAAAAGAACUAUGUUACACGCAAACCCUAUGCACAUAGUUCAUUUUAGCAUAAAUACAUCCAAAUGUUCAAAAAAGGAAACGUAUCGACGGUGAAACUUCCAAACAAUCCAAACAACAUAUCUCGGUUUGCGACGUUGCAGACUUCCUGCCAUACCUAAUUUAUUUUUAAAGUGGAAAACUACUCAACGGCUAUUCUUAAAAGCUGCCGUGACCCUUUUCUUUGUGCGCAAAAAAUUCUGUGAAAACUUCAAGGAAUAAUGAUGUUAACUUUUUCUCCUUUAAAAAAAUAAAAAUAGGAUCGGGGAUUUCCAAAUACUGCAAAUGAGGUAUGUGGUUCGGGAAUUUCACCGUCCAUAUAUGCGUUAUCAAUUACCUACUUCUCUAGUCUUCCUCUUGUUCUAUUGAUAUAAUCACUCAUUUUAACUAAACUAUGGCAAGACUAGAAAAAAGGGAAUUUUCACAGUGACAGUUUUCUCAGUGAAAUGGGAACGAGGACAAAUGUCGAGUUUCAGCCUCAAGAAAACAAUACAUAAAAUAACCAUUGUAUUUCCUGUCUGUCUAAUGUAAAUGAGGUAUUCUUUGAAUUUGUUACUUUUUAAUUUGUCAUGAUGAGAUAUAUAGUAUUUGUCUCCCUUUUUAGCACAGUCCAGAUCAUUCAACCCUAUUACUAUCUGAAAUUACCUACAAUUUUUGUAUUUUAUUUUUCUAGUUAUUUGUACUUUUUUUUUAGUUUACGGUAUUUCUAUUGGUUAUUAUUUUAAAUACGCAGCACCGUCAAAUUUUAUUGCAACUAUGAUUACGGACGACAGGCCGUUUCAGAAAAAGCAUUGAAUGAUGUGAGUAAAAUUAUGUAAAAAGUUGUAAAAAGAGAACAUCUUACGAGUAGGUACCUAUGCAAUUCAUUUUUUUAUGAUUCAGUUACACGUACAUUAAAACGGAUAUAUAAAAAU